CUUACCCAAAAAAAGCAGGACGAGUGACGCAGACCGAUAUUGCCACACUGCGUGAAUCUUUCAAGGAGACCGAGUGGGAGAUUGCUGAUGGCUUUUGGCACGCACUAACAUCGCUCACUGGUGGAGAUGCCCAAGCGGCUCACAAAGAUUUUCCUACCUUUGAGACUGCGCAUGCUCAAUUAAGGAAAGGCAUGCCUCCUGCAUUCGUGAUCAUGGCGUUCAUGGGUGAAACGCCUCUACAUACGCACCCAGGGCGCUUCGGACCGACUGUAGAUAUGCCUAAAAGGAAGGGAAUUGCUAAGUGAUUAAAUGGGUAGCAGGGCAUUGCAGCGGGUGGAAAUUAUUUUACGCCCACCCAUUUUUGUACGAACACCUCACCUACCUCAAAUGGAAGACAUCAAGCCUAGGCAAGCGUAA